AUAGCACAGACUGCUUACCACAUCUCAAGCGAAAAACAGAAAAGGAAACAUGGAAGUGAAAACAAAAGUUUUCAUUCUUUUAGCUGUGUUCAUUGCAUGUGCAGCAGUAUCCCAGGGAAUGCCAAUGGCUAGAAUGCAAGCGCUCAGGUGUUUGUGCAUAGAGCCACAGAGCAAGUUCAUCCCUCCCAGACAUUUCCUAAAUGUAGAGAUUAUUCCCAAAGGCCCACACUGCAAAAACGUAGAAGUAAUUGCAACUUUAAAAACAGAAGAAAAAGUUUGUUUAGAACCAACAGCUCCAUGGGUUAAGAAGAUCAUCGAUAAAAUGCUUGUCAACUCCAAACCAAGAGAAAUAUCUCACUAAUUAUUCAAUUGCAUGACGACACUGUGAAAUAUGCAAGCAUUCAAUCAAGCAAAAAAAGGAGAAAACGAUACAAAUAAUCAAUGUACUUCUACUGCAGAUACUGUGAAAGUGUUUCUUAAUUUAUUAAUUUAUUUAACUUAAUGUGUGUUUUUAAGCCAGACCUC